AAAGAGUCCCCAUGCCCGACCCAGAACACCGCAUCUUUUCACCAGUGGUCAACAAGAAUAACAAUGUUCUCUCACUUAACCACACUAUCAGUUGUCACUUGGGCGUUGUCUGUCUCUGCCGCAUCCAGCGGUAGUAGGCAGUCCGAGGACCCAUGCCAGCAGAUCGCCCGUCGGUACCAGCAGGCGACCAAUGCGAAUACAACCAGACCCUUUGUCGUUCCCGGGGAGCUGGCACACCAAUGUCUUCUGACAAUGCCCUUUGAGCCCGAGAAGGGUGUCUCGUUUGUGGAAUCAUUGGUGGAAUAUCUGCAAUGGCAAUCAACGAGCGAUGUUCUUAAAAACCCUCCAAAUGGGUACCUCUCUCACCCCACAGACAUCCUGGGUGGCAUGGAAGACAUCCGUAUCAAGGCUGUGGCCGGGAAAUACACGAGCCAGUACGAGUUUGACAAUGACAUUACGCGCGUAUUUCAAUCUGCCAACGACGGCCACCUGAGCACGACAUUAUGCUCCCAGGAGGUCUUUGAGUUCUACGUCAACUUUCCAAUUGUGUCGAUCUCUGCCGACGGACUGCAGCUCCCGAGGCUUUACACAAGACACGAUGCGGGCCUUGUUGCCAACCACUCAACACGUGUAUCUCCCAUUGCCACCAUUAAUGGCUACGAUGCAGUGACAUACCUGACCCAACUCGCAUCCACUCUGGGAUUUCAGGACCCCGAUGCACGCUAUAAUGAGAUGUUCCCGUCGGCGGCUCGUGAUGUGGCUCUUGGUGUCGAGUACGGUGCCUGGACCUCUAACAACGGCCGGUGGCCUGGCAGCGCAGAAUUCACCGUGGCAUUCGGCAACGGCUCUGUCACUCAAGUGCCCACCGUUGCUCAGGUGUACGGUGGUCAGAAGUUCACCCACACCAACGGAAGCUCCAUCUAUGAAGCCGUCUGCUCCCCUACCGACGGCUCCACGAGCGAGUCUUCAACCUCCACGUCCAAGCGCUCCACCGUCAAGACAAGCUCCGCCCCGAAGACAUACCCCGAUCCCGUCAUGCGCGAUGCCUACAACCUCAUCUCAGGCUACUACCUAAACGAAACAGACAUGCAAGACGUGGCCGUCCUCUUCGUCCCCUCCUUCGACACAGCAGACAUGAGCCUCAGCGAACCCCUAGCCUUCGCCAACCACGCCACCCAAUUCAUCCAGCAGGCCGUAGCCUCGGGAAAGAAGAAGCUGAUCAUCGACCUGACCAGCAACCCCGGAGGAACCGUCUCCUCCGGAAUGGAUCUCUUCAAAUUAUUCUUCCCCCAGAAGCCCGUCUACAGCUCCACCCGAUUCCGCGACCACGAGGUCGUCAACAUCAUCGGACAGGCUCUCAACACCGUGCCCCAUGACUCCGACGCCUGGGAAAUCAUCUCCAAAACCCCCUUCGUCGGAGUCACCCCCAACCAGACAUAUGCCUACAAGUCCUGGACGGAAUACAGCGGACCCCACUACCAACUAGGCGCAAACAUGACCAGCCUCGCCGCCGUCUCCAACCUGACCCUCACAUCCACCUGGACAACCCCCAUCCGCGGCUACGGCAUUGUCAAGCAAAACAUGACUUCAUCACCUUUCGCCCCCGAAAACAUUCUCAUGAUAACCGACGGCUUCUGCAGCUCCACCUGCACAACCUUCGUGGAACUCAUGAAAACCUCCGGCGGCAUCAAAACACUCGCUUUCGGCGGCCGUCCUCAAUACGGCCCCAUGGCAAUCAUGGGCGGCGUUCGGGGCGGCGAAUCCCUCACCUCGACCCUAAUCGACGAAUACAUCGACAUCACCCUCGAGUACGCGACCGAGCAAGCCAACGCCAACGCCCCCGUACUCUCCAACCAACAAAUCGCCCGCCUCAAUUCCACCCCGACUACCACCGACAUGCCGUACAGAUGGAGCGGACUGGAGCUGAACUUCCGGAACGCCUAUGCCCCGGACAACAGCGUUGAUCCGUUGCAGUUUGUGUUUGAUGCCGCAGAUUGUCGGCUGUUUUAUACGUAUGAGAAUAUGGUGAAGCCUGCGACGACGUGGGUUGCUGCAGCGAAGGCGUAUUGGGGCGAGGGGAGGUGUGUGCCGUUUUCGACGGGGAAGAAUAGUACGUUUUCUUAUUAGGGGCAAGGGGGUGUUGAAUGGGAAAUUACAAGUUCGGGUAGUAUGAAUGAGUGUUGGAUAGGUCGGGGGGUUCGUUUCCUUUGUGUGAAUGCGAUAACGUGAUUCAUUGAUGAUGUACCUAAUGUGGGAUGCUAUCAGGGAAUGUAUCUCGGUUGUAUAGAGGAAUUAUAGCUGGGAUGAUAACAUCUCAUCCUAUCGACCCCUCUAUAUAACAUGGACCGGAGCACUCGAGAAAGCCCGGCUCUAAUUUGGACACGAACGAAGAAGGCGU